AUGAAGACCUCAAACCUAGUGCUGACACUCAUUUGUGUCAUCUCGCUUACCUGCACUCAUGCUAAAACAGGAUACUUCUGGCACAUAACAGACUUCCAUUAUGAUCCCCUCUACACAUCACAAGGCGACACUAGAAGACAUUGUCGCCGAGCAGACGAACGAGGGAGUUCAGGCCACCAUAGAGCAUUGGGUCGCUUCGGAGACUAUUCCUGCGACAGCUCACUCGAGUUGAUCGAGUCAGCCGCGCGGUACAUGCGCACACGACAUUCUGAGAAUGUUGAGUUCGUGCUUUGGACGGGUGACAUCAUAGCAGCUCGAUACACGGGCAAUGAAGAUGACAAGAUCCAAGCUAUAAGAAAUAUGACAGACCUUCUAAGUAGAACAUUCAGUUCACACUUUGUGUUCCCAGUGCUGGGUCACUUGGACCCCGCGCCGUCCGAGAGCCUUACUAAUUUAUGGAUGCACUGGCUACCUUUGGAAGCUUUGCAGACCUUCAAAUUUGGUGGAUAUUACACCAUAGAACAGAAACAAAGCAAGCUUCGGAUAGUAGCUCUCAACACAAAUCUGUUCAGUGUCCGAGAUUCGAACAGCAUACAGGCGAAGAAACAGUGGGACUGGCUAGAUGAGGUGCUGGACAAAGCUACUGCUAAUAAGGAAAUGGUGUACAUAGUAGGCCACGCGGCUCCAGGGUCGGACUCACGACAUCCUUACGAUAUGUCGGCUGACGCCAACGCUAAAUACCUCCGCAUGGUCCGACGACACGCCAAGAUCAUUGCCGGACAGUUCUUCGGACAUCUUCAUGCUGAUACGUUCAGAGUCAUUUAUGACAAUGAUCGACCAGUAUCCUGGACGUUUAUGGCUCCCUCUGUGAGUCCACAUCGUGAUCCAGCUGAUUCAUCAAACCCUGGACUCAGGCUUUACAAGUUUGACACGAAUACGGGGAAGGUGUUAGACUACACCCAAUACUUCUUGGACCUGGCGGCAGCCAAUAGAAAUCUAGCAGAAUGGACGGCGGAGUACAACCUCACACAGUACUACGGACUGCAUGAAGUAUCCGCCAUGUCUCUGCACAACCUGGCUGAUAAGCUGCAGAUAGGCACGCCGCAUGAGACCAAUAUAUUUCACAAGUACUUACGAGCCUAUCGCGUCCGGCACGAAAGCUCAGAAUCGUGUGAUGGUGCUUGUGCCCAUCAACACUUCUGCGCUAUAACAUGCUUAGAGCACGUCGCUUACCGUCAGUGCGUGGAAGCAGCCGCAAGCGCACUGGCCGCUGCCGGCGACUCAGCCCCGAUGACAUUACCACUCUACACAACAUUACUGAUUUUAAUCUCUAUCAUCAUUGUAAUUGGGUAG